AUGAUGAAACAAAUAUCAAUAACUCUAUUCAUCUUGUUUGUAACCUUGUCGGUUGUAUUUGCACAAUCAUCAAAUGCUGCAACAAAAGAACAACCAACUCAACAACAACAACCAACUAUACCAACACAACAACAACAGAUCAAAGAUAUAAUAUAUACAGUCAAACAUUUGAAUAGUGAGACACCACGUUGCACAAUCACCUUUAAAGCAAGACUAGUCAUUGGUAACAAUGAAAACAACGGAUUGAUGAACUCUAAUGACAAGAGAAAGGUUAUCACUACUACUUGUGUUCCAUUGACACCACAACAAAAGAUUGAAUACCAAGAACAAGCAGAAGUAUUGACCACUACUAUACAAUCAGAUUUAACAUCAAAAGAUAGUAAACCAGUAUUGGCAUCACUCCCAAGACGUAUAUUAAACGAUUCUUCAUUGCAAUAUGAAACCGUCAAGUUGCAUUUGGAUGCAACCAAUUUAAAUUUAAUUGGAGUCAGUCAUUAUCUCACUGAAUCACCAGUCUCUAAUACUCCAAAGGAAUCUGUAUAUGUUGAAAUUUCAGUUACUACUAUGGCUCAAAAACCAGCGAUUGAACCUCCAAAAACAGAAAAGGAAGCUGAAGAACAACAACAAUCAUUCAUUGGAAAAUAUUGGUACUUUAUUGUUCCAUUGGUUCUCAUUUCACUCGUCAAUGCCAUUAUGCCAACUGCUGGAGGCGAAGGUGAAGGUGCCGCCACUGGUGCCGCCGUUGCUGCCAAGAAAAAAUAA